UCAGUCUCUCCGCCCUCUCUGGUAACCCCUGGCAACCAAACAGUCCAACAAACGAGGGGCGUUUGGUUUGCGCGAUUAAGGAGUUCAAUUUGGGACUUAAAGAACCGAUGCUGCUUUAACCUUUGUGAACGUGGGGUCAAAGAACCAGGAUGGCUCCUAAGGCACAGAAGAGAUCUGCGAGCACUGCAGGCAGUAAAGGCAAGGAGAAAGGCAAGACGAGUCAGUCCUCUACACCACACCAAAGUGCAGGUCACCCUGAUGAUAUCUUCCCCCUGGUCCUGACAUCCGCCACCCAGGAGCUCUUCGGCUGCCGCGCUGAUGAAGACGUCACGGAGAAGAGCCCUUACAAGCUGCUCCAAAAAGACGACAUCGUUCUGGACAUGAGGACAAGAGCUGCAGUGUCUGAUUUCAGCCCAGUGAAACAGAUUGUUCUCGAUUACCCAGAGGAGGAGAUGUUGUUGGUUUUUGAUGCAGAUUUCACGCACGGUCAGAGCUUCUACUUGGUUCUGACGCCAGAAGCCAAGAACAGAAUACUUAAACCCCCAGAGAUUGAAGCAACUGAAGUGUUUGAGGCCGAAGUCAAUAAACCCCCACAACCGAAGCACUGGAUUUCUCUCGGCAGUGAGAAGGAAAUAGGGGAGGAUUGUCUCAAGGAGACAAGAGAAAAGCUGAAGCUCCAAUUAAGAGUGGACAGGACAUUUCGAAUGCCGCUCUCUUUCUCGGAUCACAACAGUGCCGACGCCAAGGAUAGCCACGUGCAGUGUGCUCCCUACCAGGACAGUAGAUUCAGCAUCAAGAAGCUGCAGAGCGAUCGUGGAACGCAGGCGGUUCCCAGGCUGCAAAGCAAGAGUUGCCAGACACUGAGGAUGGUUCCAAAAGACACCUUCACGCAGUACGAGCCCAGGGUGUUCAGCGUUGAGGAACUAGAAACCAUUCUUCAAGAUGAGAGUCUGAAGAAUUGUUGUGCUACACAGACCCCCAGGAUCUUGCAUGCCCUGCAACAGGAGGAGAUUAUGAAUGUGUUUAUCGAUGACUGGAAGGCUCUGGGGACAGGCCUUGAAGCUGGGGACUGGUCAGGGCAGGCGUCGGAUAGCCUGGUGCUUCAUCAGGCCUUCGCAGAUCAGAGGUUCUCUAAGGACAAGAAAAUUAGUUGCCUUAACUGGCACCCUACGAUUUAUGGUGUUGUAGCUGUGGCUUUGAUUAAGAAAAAGGAGAAGCAGUCGGAGGAGCCUGCUUUGUCAGGCCCUGACCCUGCUCUCAUCAUCUUCUACAGCUUCUCUGACCCCUCUAAUCCCCAGUUGCUCCUAGAGUGCCCAGACGACAUUCUUGCAUUCGAGUUCUCCCCCUCUAAUCCAAAUAUUAUCGUUGGCGGCAGUGUAAAUGGCCAGGUUGUGUUAUGGGACAUCUCUGCUCAUGUCACCUACUUACAGGCAGCACACCCUGGCAGUAAAAAGGCCUCAACCAAUCCUGACACAUUUGACCUCAAAGACAACAAAGAGAAUACGACGCCUGUUGCACGAUUCUGUGCCAUUUCACCCGUAGAGAGCAGGCACAAAGCCCAAAUUACUGAUGUGCAGUGGCUGCCGCAAACAUUUGAGGUGACCGGGAUGGGCGUACCAGUGGAGAACACGAUGAAAGUGUCUGUUCAGGUUGUCAGCUGCUCUCCUGACUGCACUCUACGGUUUUGGGAUGUGAGACUUCCAAAUCUGCUUAUUCACACACCUUCAGACAGGAAGCAGGCCGUAGCCCAGAAGACCCCCGUGGCUACCUGCAGCGUCCCUGAAACAUUCAAACACCUGGAAAAAACAUGGAAACCAUUGUUCAGGGUUUUGAUGGCAAAGAUUAAUACCAAAGGAGAAUAUGCUCCUUUGAAGAUCAGCUUUGAACAUUACAUCUGUAGUACAGAAAAAGAUCCAGAAAAUAAGUGGACAGAGAUCCUUCCUGACUACAGCCAGCUCAGAAUACCCUCAGCUGAAAAACUGAAACCAAUGGAAGAUGUCAAUACAAAAUUAUUUGUUGGGAUGGAGAAUGGGGAGAUCGUUUACACCGACUGGAAACUGGAAAGCGACGAGUCUGGGAGGCCGCAUAGUGCCAAACCCCUCCUGUGUUUCAACUAUCAUUGGCGGGUGAACACAAUGCAGCGAUCACCAUUCUUCAAAGACAUUAUUCUGACAACAGGAGGCCCGACCUUUGCCAUUUGGAAAGAAGGAGUCGUGGAAGGCCCACUGGUUGCAUCACAAUACUUUGAGCAUGAGUGCACCGCGGGAUGCUGGUCGCUGUCCCGUCCAGCUGUUUUCUUCAUUGGAAAAGAAGACGGCAGUGCUGAGGUAUGGGACCUGCUGAAAAACACCAGUGAACCUCUGCAGGUCCAUGCUCACAUCAGCAACUCCAAGAUUACCUGCAUGAAACCGUGGACCGCCUCUGCCAAGCAGCACUUCCUGGCGCUGACAGAUGAUCUUGGUGUUCUCCGUGUUUUUGAAAUACCAAAGACCCUCUAUGUUCCCUCCAAGCACGAGAGUUUAAGCAUGAAGAAAUACUUUGAACUUGAGACAGAGAGUUUAAAGAACUAUUUAAAGGGGGAAGACGGCUGUACGAAACAGAAUAAGAAGAUGGAGGAAGUCAAGAGACAAAUGGAACCCGAUAAACCAGCCACGCCCCCAAAGGACAAUCUGGAAACAACGGAGUACAGCGAUAACCUGAUGCUAGAGGAGAAUCUGUUAAAGAUCAGAGGCAUGUGGUCCACUGCUGUAGCGAGGUAGAAUACCUAAUAUACCCCAGAGUCAUCAAGAUACGCACAAACUGCUUUACAUAAUCAAAAAAAUAAAGGCUUAUUAUUUACUUCCUGU